AUGGUGGAAUGUUGCCCUAAACCUAGUCUUCCAGAAGAGGCCUCGAAAUCACCAAGGUUAGGUUCGCCUUGCCAUCCGGCUGACGCAGCCGCAUUGUCACUGGUAGUUACAAUGAAACUGAGGCUUUUUGUUGAAAUUAACUUUGCCUGCGCCGUGGGCGGUUUUGAACCAGUCCCUGCAGGUUGCGACCGAUGCAGAGAAACCAUGUCCCAGUUCCAAGUUGAAUCAUGGAUUUGGUAUGGGGUCACGGUAUUCGUGAUAAUACUGCGAUUCAUAUCGCGGCUGCUGUUGGUGAAAAGCGUGAAGGCCCUACAAGUGGAGGACUACUUAAUGCUCCUGGUAUUGUGCUUCUACACAGGGCUGGUGGUCACAUUGAAUCGAAUCGAACAUGCGCAGACGAAUUUAAUGAAACCGGGCGACGAAGCGCAUUUGACACCGGAGUCGAUCAAGGACCGCAUUUAUGGUAGCAAACUGGUGUUGGCAACUGAGCAAUGCAUGCUAGCGACCAUUUGGGGGUGCAAAGGAUGUCUUCUUCUCCUCUACGCCAGGUUGACGGAAGGGAUUAAGCAACAGCUGGCCGUCAAGAUCCUGGCUGGUUAUGUGGUUGGCUCAUACAUUCUCUUGGAGAUCCUCUACUUCGCGGUUUGGUGUCGGCCAUUCUACAACUACUGGGCUGUGCCCACUCCCAACGUGGGUGUAUUCAGCAUGGGAACCUUUAUUAUCCUAUGCGCCACUCUCAGCAAAGUCUACAGCUUUAAAGAUCCCUUCAGCCCCGAAUGGCUCUUCUGGUACGUCCGCGAGGCCAGCACCGCCGUCUGCGUCGCCAACAUCCCCAACUGUUGGAGUCUGGUCCGCCGCGUCUUCAACCUGAGUUCCUGGACCGGCAGUUCGCACAGCAAAGGCAGAACACACCACUACACCCCCUACGCAUAUGGAACGGGAACGCAUAGUAGGACGAGACGACACACAUCCUCCCAGAAAAAGGGUCUCUGGACAUCCGUCACCAUGUCCGGGGUACGGAAAACGGAGAGCGCGGAGGAAAUUAUCAAAGACGACCCUGAGCAGCAAGCCCACCAAGGAAUCCCACUCGAAAUCUGGCACCAAACCAGCAUCCACGUCACGGAAGAACUACCCAGACCUGAUGAUAGCCAUAAGGGUUCCACUACAACAGUUCCAGGCCGGGGUUAG